AUGUUUAAUUUGUUGUUGGAAUUUGAGCGGGUCGGUCGCGUCGGCUUGUCACGGACAAAAAUGUUGACGCUUGUAAAUUAUUGCAAAGAUAAUACACACGCAUCAAGCACUCGCCCCUUUAACUAGUUUUAUGUACACAUAGCAAGUUGGUUGUGCAAAAAGAAAAAAGGUACCAGAUCGCUGAUUUGUUUUGCGUCUGCGUCUCUGUCUCACAUAAAGGGCAGGCAGAAAAAUUCAAGCCAAUAAAAGAUACAUACUAAAAGCCGAAGUGCGCGAAAUUGUGCCUGCUUGUUUUUACGUGUGUAUAUGUGUGUGUGUGUUUAUAUUGUGUUGCAAUAAACAAAGGAUACUUGAAUGUUAUUGCUUUAAGAAUUGUGUGAGCAUUUUCGUUAUUCAAACAAUUUAUCGCGGAUCGCGCCAUAUUUGCAUCGGAAUGCGGCAGCAACAGGAACACGCAUGCGUUUUCAAAUAUUUGUUACUGAUGUCGCGACCGUGGAACAGUGUAAUUUAACACACUGCGAAGUUGUCUAAUCUCACUUGCUUCUUCUUGUGUAUGUGGCCAACGGAUCGCCGCCAACCGCACGCUGCAGUAGUAUCUAAGUUCCACGCCAAAAAGCUUCGCCCUGAACUGUGUAAAUAGCAAAGAGAAAUAAGAAAGAGAGGCAUAGAGCGACUGUCAAGCCACCAACAUACAUACAUACAUACAUAUGUACGUGGCAAUUGCGCAACAUGGCGUCGAGGGCUUAGACACUCAAAAUAAAUAAACAAACAAACACAAACAAGUGAAAAAGGAACCAACAUAAAAAUGUCUGGCAAUCAACAGCAGCAGCAACAACAACAACAACAGCAGCAACUACAACAGAAACCACAACAGCAACAUACAUUAGUAGCAACAGGAUCGUCGAGCACUUUAGGCAAUAAUUUGAUAAAAAUUAAUAGCGUUGACAAAAUUGUACACAAAACGACAGCCACAACAACGACAACAACAACAACGGCAGCAGCAACAGCAACAACAGCGGCAACGACAACAACGCCGCAUGCAAUUAGCAAGCAACAACAAUUACAGCAAUUUCAGCAAAGACGCUCAUUGCUGCCAGCAGCAGCAGCAGCGCAGCAAAGCGUAACAGUAACGCCAGCAGCAGCAGCAGGGCAAUCGCAUCAGCUGCAAACUGUGGCAACAAUACACCAGCAACACUCAACCCUGCAGCAGCAGCAACAUACGCACGCAACAGCAUCGCGUCUGCCCAUACAACAACAGCAGCAGCAACAACAGCAGCAGCAACAACAGCAGCAGCAACAGAUUGCUAGCAAUUCCAAGGAGCUGGCAGCCCAUUCACAGUUGCCAUCCACGCGCCGCAGCUUCUACCAGCUGCAACAGCAGGCAACGCUCAAGGCUGCACAUCUAAAGGCGCCCGCCCACUCUAUACCCCCUCGCUACCAGCCACCCCCACAGCCGGGGUCAGGUGGCAGCAUACUAAAACCGCAUUUGGCACUUAAAUAUCCGCCAGAUAUACCACAGCUAUCCAGUAUAUAUAUACCUGAUUCGGUUAAGCAACACCAACAACAACGGCAGCAGCAACAGCAGCAGGCACGCUAUCUGCACCAGCAGCAACAACAACAGUCCAGCAAGGCGCAACAGGAUAUGCUGAAGUUUGUGCGUAAGCAAGAACAGGAACAUCCGUCGCCCAGUGCUUCGGUCACGUCCAGCGUGGCGACGGGCAUACCAACAUCCAAUGGUGGACGAUUAACAAUCGAACAAAAUCGACAAUUACAGUCCCUGGUAAAUGAGCUCCGCGCGCUGAAAGAGCAAAAUCAGCGUCUGCUGGAUGACAAUCAGGAACUACGCGAUUUGUGUUGUUUUCUGGACGAUGAUCGCCAAAAGGGUCGCAAGCUGGCACGAGAAUGGCAGCGCUUUGGGCGAUAUACGGCCAGUGUAAUGCGUCAAGAGGUGGCAGCUUAUCAGAACAAAUUGCGGCAGCUGGAUGACAAGCAACAGGAGUUAAUCACCGACAAUCUGGAACUGAAGGAGCUAUGCUUGUAUUUAGAUGAAGAGCGUGCCCAUGUGGCCGCCAAUGCACUCUGUGCUGGCUGCGGUGCGGCCACGCGCAACGCGCUGCGCGAUGAUGGAGACGGCUCCAGUUCAAGCACCAACGCGGACGAGACAAUCACAGCGCUGCGCAACUAUGCGGAACAAAGGCAAUUGCCGGAUUUGCGCAACGCCCACACGCUCAACGAUCAGACGCUGCAAUACGUGCGCUCGCUGGAGCGACGCAUACAGCAGUUAGAAGAGGAACGCACUGCGCCCACGGCUAAUCUGCAACAGCCGCAGGCUCAACCAGCAGCACCAGCCAAAUCAGCGCCCUCACCACAUACACACACUCAGCAGGACAUAAGUCAGGCAGUUGCCGCGGCUGCGGCGGCCGCUGCCGCUUUGCCCGAGCCAAUUUCUGGCCGACCAGAAGCUGUUGUUCGAGCCCUACAAGUCCUGGAGGUGAGGGAGCAACUGGAACGCGAUCGCCUGGGCAAUCUGACGGGCUGUGCGCUCGACCAGAUGGACGAUGGCGAGAAGGCGCUGGUGCGCGAGAUGUGCAACGUGGUCUGGCGUAAGCUGGAAGGGAGUCCCCACGGUCCCACUGCCCUAGAGCCGUUAUAGGCAUUUACAUUUUUAGACAACACAUACAAAAAAAAACUUGGCUAACAAACUUACUAAACGCAUUGUACAAAGUUCAAACUAUGACUUAGGAUUAAGCGCUUUAUUUAAAAAAGAAAUACUCAAAAUAACUAUUUUUUAUAAUCCUUGACUGUUAUAUUUUUUAUUCGAUGAAUGCACUGCUCUUGUUAUAUAUCAAGCCUAUUUUAAUAUUAACCGAGUGCGCAUCCAGUAGCUCUCUUAACUACUGUAUGAGAUGUCCUUGAAAUAGAAGACAACAAACAUUUCCAUAAUAAA